UAAAUACACGCAAAAACACCUCAAUUUUCAUAGCAGCAGCUCAUCGUCAUCCGAACCCUAAUUCGCAUACUAUCUUCUGUGCGAUUCCCCUUUAAUAAUUAUCAAAUUAUUACAAAUCCUUACCCGUUUCUGUAAUCCAUCCAUUUCAGAAGUCAAUUCUAGUCGAUUUGGAAAAAGAACAGAUUACUGAUCUUCUUUAGUCUAAGAUUAUUGUUGUUAGUGUUUAUCGAAUCCAAAUUAUUGUUUUUCCAGUUCAAUUUUGUUGAGUUCUGUUGCUUGGUGUUUUGAGGAUCGUUUAUCUCGUCAAAUCCCCAAACGGAACGUUAUCGUUCUGUGUUAAUCUUAUCCGCAAUUUGGUACUAGUGUUGUUUUGUUAGAUUUCGAUUUCGAUUUCGAUUUUGCCGAUAUUUAAAAAGUUUUUGUGAUUAGAACUAAGUAAAUCGUCAAAACUUUACUUUCAGGUUCACUUUUGUGUGUGUAUAAGUAUAUAUACAUAUACGUAUAUAAGUGUAUCUGUUUUCAAACUAAAACCCUAAGUUUUCGAAAACUUGACAUUUCGAUCUGUUGAUUUUGCUGAAAAAUGGCUGGAGGUGGAAAUAGGAAGGACGAUUCAAUAGCGAUUAGCAGCACAAAUGUUUUUGCUGCCCUUGGAAGCUUGAAGAAGAAGAAGAAGUCUGAUAAAGAGCAUGGUUCUUCCAGAAAGGGUGGUAGCUCAAAGGGGCAGGAUAAGGAUGGGGAGAAGGAGCAGGUUUUUUGGGCUCCAGCACCAUUAACGGUGAAGUCAUGGGCAGAUGUGGAUGAUGAGGAUGACGAUGAUUACUAUGCAACCACAGCUCCACCACCAUCUGUUUGGGGUGCUGGUGCUGGGGAUCAGGAAGAUAAGGCGAAAGGAAAUGAGACUCCGGUUGAGGAAAGUGAAAGUGAAGAUGAUGAAAUUGAUGAUGACAAUGAUGAAGAAAACGAUCAUGAACAAGAAGCAGAAGCAGAAAAGGAGGUGGUGUAUGAAAAGCCUGCAGAAGUUUUGCCUCCAAAAGACACUGAUAGGCAGCUUUCAAAGAAAGAGCUCAAGAAAAAGGAACUUGCUGAACUUGAUGCAGUUCUUGCUGAAUUAGGAUUGAAUGACAACAAUACCCAAGAAGACACUACUAGUGAAAAGGUGGAGAAUCAAAACGGAGAACAGGAGAAGAAGGACAAGAACGUGCCAGCUGGCGGAGAGAGCAAAACAUCAAAAAAGAAAAAGAAGAAAGAUAAAAAGGAAACCAAAGAACAAGAACAACAACAACAAGUAGUCUCCAAUGAAGAAGGUGAAUCAGAAAAGGUUGAAGAGUUGUCUGGAGUGGAUAUGAAAGAGAAGAUUAAAAAAAUGGCGUCCAUGAAGAAGAAGAAAUCCAGCAAGGAAAUGGAUGCUGCCGCCAGAGCUGCCGCCAGUGAGGCGGCUGCAAGGACCGCCAGGUUGGCGGCUGCUAAGAAGAAGGAGAAGAAUCACUACAACCAGCAGCCUGUGAGGUUUUUUUGGGGUUUUACAUUAUUCACCCAGAAAGUAGAGAGAACACCCAUGGAUGAUGAUGAUGAUGAUGAUGAUGAUGAUACUUAA